ACUGGAGGAGCAUUCUAAUCUUUAAUAAGAAUGACAAUUUUUGCAUCUGAGAUUUCAGUUUUUCAGACAUCAAACAGUUCAAACUCCUCAACCUUUAUUUCAUUGGCUGGUCAUUUUUCAAGCCAACACCAAGCUAUUAGCAGGGCUGAAGUCACUAGACAGAAUAUUCAAGUAGGAACUAAUCUUGCCCAAGAAAUAUUGGCUAUCAGGGAACCGGGAAAUAGAGGCCUCAUUGGAGCCUCCCAAAGUUGAGGUCUCAGUGUCAAAAAUUGCAAUCAAAGGGCACUAAUAUGUCAACUAAGAAUGUCAAUUGUAACUUAAAAGACAUCCUAUUAAUAAAAAUGUCAACUAGCAGUCUGUCUCCCUCCCUCCCUGUUCAUCUGUGUGGUCGCACAUGUAUAAGCGCAUGUGUAUCACAUGCAACUGCAGCUAUGCUUGGCACAGCACACUCCGAUUCCAUAGGUUGCCCUACAAUAAGAAGAAGAAGAAACUCAUCUACCACUCUAAUUAUAUCCUUUCAUUUGGUAUCCACUUGGUUUUAGUGGAAAAUCUAUUCAUCAUUGUUGCAACCCCAUAACGGGAAAGUUGCAAAUAGAUUACUAGUCUCCCCCACAAAUCAUUGCCCGCUUUGAAUUUUUAUAUCAACUUAAUCACUACCCUCUUUCAUAAUAUCGGAUCAGCACUCCACAAUUCUCUGUAUAUCUCGUGUCUUCAUUGCUUCUCUUGCAUCAUUAUUAUGAAGCAAGAUGAAAGUAGAAGUAGAGGGUCUCAUAAAAGUUAUAUGAGUGAGCACUCGCAGAGUAAUAAAACGUUCAUUAGGAUAGUUUUUCUGCUGCUGCUCCAGCAUUUGAUUUCACCAUCUUCCUCUGCAGUUUCAGGUCAUCACCACCACUCCUUGCUUACGGACAAGGCCGCUUUACUGGAGUUCAGAAGGACCCUGGUCUUUGAUCCAAAUUCCAAGCUUGCCAACUGGAUUGAGGCAGUUGAUGUAUGUAACUUUACAGGGGUGGCAUGUGACAAGCAUCAUCACCGCGUAAUAAGGCUCAAUCUUUCCAGCAGCGAACUGACAGGGCCACUUUCACCAGUUAUUUCGAACCUCACUGGCCUUCGAGUCCUCAACCUGGUUGAAAAUAACUUCUAUGGCACUAUCCCUUGUGAGUUAUUUCAUCUUCGGCACCUGCGUGAUCUCCAGCUAGACAAUAAUAAUCUACAUGGCUCAUUUCCUGAGUCCCUUGCUCUUCUUUCCAAUCUAACUUUGAUAACUCUCGGGGAUAAUAAUCUGACAGGUGAGCUUCCACCUUCCUUCUUCUCCAACUGCUCUGCAUUAGGAAAUGUUGACUUUUCCUACAACUUUUUCACAGGAAGAAUUCCCAAGGAAAUUGGAGAUUGUCCAAACCUAUGGACCCUCGGCUUAUACAACAACCAAUUUACAGGAGAACUUCCUGUUUCUUUAACCAAUAUCUCACUCUACAAUUUAGAUGUGGAGUAUAAUCAUCUUUCUGGUGAAUUGCCUGUAAAUAUUGUAGGGAAGCUACACAAAAUUGGCAACCUCUAUUUAUCAUUUAAUAAUAUGGUUAGUCACAAUCAGAACACCAAUCUCAAGCCAUUCUUCACUGCCCUGGAAAACUGCACUGAAUUAGAGGAACUUGAAUUGGCUGGGAUGGCUCUUGGGGGAAGCCUGCCCAGCUCUAUUGGUAAUCUCAGUAAACUGUUGUACUCUCUUAUGCUGAAUGAAAACCGGAUCCAUGGGUCCAUUCCUCCGGAUAUAGCAAACCUUUCCAAUCUGACAGUGCUGAAUUUGACAUCCAAUUAUUUGAAUGGAACAAUUCCAGCAGAAAUUAGUCAACUGGUUUUCCUGCAGCAGAUUUUUUUAUCACGCAACAUGUUCACUGGUGCAAUUCCGGAAGCAUUAGGUCAAUUUCCUCAUCUAGGACUGCUUGAUUUGUCGUAUAAUCAAUUCUCUGGUGAAAUACCUAGAAGUCUAGGAUAUUUGACGCACAUGAACUCUAUGUUUCUCAACAACAACCUGCUUUCAGGAACCAUACCUCCAACCUUAGGGAAGUGCAUUGAUCUGUACAAACUGGAUUUGUCCUUUAACAAAUUGACAGGAAACAUUCCCCCAGAAAUAUCAGGUAUGCGUGAGAUCCGAAUAUUUCUAAAUCUUUCUCAUAACCAACUUGACGGGCCUUUGCCAAUUGAACUCAGCAAGCUAGAAAACGUUCAAGAGAUAGAUGUGUCAUCAAAUAACCUCACUGGAAAUAUCUUCCUUCAGAUAUCAAGCUGCAUUGCACUGAGGACGAUAAAUUUGUCCCACAAUUCUCUUCAAGGGCACCUACCUGAUUCUCUUGGUGAUCUAAAGAACCUUGAAUCCUUGGAUGUUUCAGGAAAUCAGCUCUCUGGAAUGAUCCCAUUAAGCCUGAGCAAAAUCCACAGCCUCACAUAUCUGAAUCUUUCCUUUAACAACUUCGAAGGGCUGAUUCCCUCAGGUGGCAUCUUCAAUUCACUCACAAGUUGGUCAUUUUUAGGGAAUCGGCGUCUCUGUGGUGCAUUUUCUGGCAUCCUUGCUUGCUCACCGACGAGACAUUGGUUUCACUCGAAUAAGUUCUUAAUUAUAUUCAUCAUAGUAAUAUCUGUAUCAGCAUUCUUGUCAACAAUCUGUUGCGUGACUGGAAUCCGCUGGAUCAAGCUAUUAAUUUCCUCUCAGGAUUCAUUGAGAAUUGAGAGGACAAGAAAAUCAACAACGCCAGAAUUGAUCCCCCACGUUCCAAGAAUCACAUAUAGGGAAUUGUCAGAAGCCACUGAAGGAUUUGAUGAACAUAGACUAGUUGGUACAGGUAGUAUCGGACAUGUCUAUAAGGGAAUUCUUCCAGAUGGGACUCCUAUAGCUGUAAAGGUAUUGCAGUUCCAAUCCAGAAAUUCAACAAAGACUUUUAACAGAGAAUGCCAAGUGUUGAAGAGGAUUCGCCACAGAAAUUUGAUAAGGAUUAUAACAGCAUGUAGUCUUCCUGAUUUUAAGGCUCUUGUUCUUCCAUAUAUGGCAAAUGGAAGCUUGGAUAACCAUCUCUACCCACAUUCAGAGACAGGUUUGGAUUCAGGUUCUUCUGAUUUAACUCUCAUGCAAAGAGUGAACAUCUGUAGUGAUAUAGCUGAAGGGAUGGCCUAUCUGCACCACCACUCACCUGUUAAAGUCAUACAUUGCGAUUUAAAACCAAGCAAUGUUCUUCUCAAUGAUGACAUGACAGCUCUGGUUUCUGACUUCGGUAUUGCAAGAUUGAUUUCGACAGUUGGGGGUGGAAAUGCUGGGCUUUUUGAGAACAUUGGGAACUCUACAGCAAACUUGUUAUGCGGAUCUAUUGGAUACAUUGCACCAGAAUAUGGAUUUGGGUCAAACGCAUCUACAAAAGGAGACGUUUAUAGCUUUGGCAUUGUUGUUCUUGAGAUGCUGACUAGAAAAAGACCAACAGAUGACAUGUUUGUUGGUGGACUAGACCUGCACAAAUGGGUGAGGAGUCAUUACCAUGGUAGAGUGGAACAAGUGUUGGACUCCUCUUUGGUGAGAGCUUCAAGAGAUCAAUCCCCUGAAGUAAAGAAGACUUGGGAAGUGGCAGUAGGAGAAUUGAUUGAAUUAGGUCUUCUUUGCACUCAGGAGUCCCCCUCCACAAGGCCCACGAUGCUUGAUGCUGCUGAUGACUUGGAUCGACUGAAGAGAUAUCUGGGUGGGGAUACAACUGCAACAUUUGCAUCCUCUCUGGGAAUUUCAUCAUCCACAGCAGGGGAUGACUGAUUGCUCCCCUAUUUAUUGUACAGAUUGGAAUGCCAUUUGUUUGUUCUCUGAUA